AUGCCCUGGACAGUGCUUGGCUGGCUUGUCCAUUUGCUAAUUCUGGCGGCCGUGACAUCUCUCCCACCCACCGUCUUGGCUGAACCCUGGAGGACCAAACGAGGCGACACUAUUAGAAAACGCGGACCGGAACCCAGGGUUCUGGCAGCCAUUGCGCCUCUCAAGAUAUUGGGAAAACGUAAACCUCCGCCUCGAAACCCACCCGGGGUGCACGACCAGGGCUUGGAGGAGUGCAGCAGGCUGAAUUACAGAUCAGUACACCAGGAGUCCACCCCACUGAUGGCCGUCCGCACGAUCGCCUCGCGCUCAUAUCAUAAGGGUAGUGGCUUUGGCGGAGCAGUCUCAAUGCGGGCAGUGGCCUUGCAUGUACUUGCACCACGCUCCGGUCCUUCGACCGGUAUUGCCCCCCACAAAGUUCACGGAACGGGGUGGGCCCCGGGGCAAAACACGCACGGCGGAAGGAAGUCUCACUCGUCGCUCUCUGGCGACAACCGCUUCCUCGUUUGCGCAGUCGGUUUCAGGGUCCCAACAGGUUCUCAUCUGGCAGUGAAGGAAAAUCGCGACAAGGGAACCCCCAACCUCGGUAUUGUCAGGUUGAGAACACCUUACAUCUAA